UCAAAAUGGCGAGCUCCGUUGGGAAAGUUUCAAGUGUUUUCAGGCCAGGCUUGUUUAAAGGAAAAGUGGCCAUUGUGACAGGAGGCAGCACUGGCAUCGGAUUGGCUAUAACUCAAGAACUCUUAUAUUUAGGAUGCAAAGUAAUGAUCGCGUCCCGGAAUGCACAAAGACUUGCUUCUGCUUCUGAUGCCAUUAAGAAACAGAUCCCUCGUGACAGUUCAGCAGAAAUAAGUGAUAUCCAAUGCAACAUUCGGAAAGAAGAUCAGGUUCAGAAAAUGAUAUCAGAGACAUUGUCAAAGUUUGGUAAGAUUGACUUCCUUGUAAACAAUGGAGGGGGACAGUUUCCCGGACCCGCCUCUUCUUUUAGUCUAAAGGGCUGGAAUGCUGUCAUAGAGACAAACCUUACAGGAACAUUUCUAUGCUGCAGAGAAGUAUAUAACCAGUGGAUGGGCGAACAUGGUGGUGUAAUCAUCAAUAUCAUUGCUGAUAUGUGGAAGGGUUUCCCUGGAAUGAGUCACACAGGGGCAGCACGGUCAGCAGUGGACAAUCUCACAAAAUCUUUGUCCUUGGAAUGGGCAGCUUCAGGGGUCAGGGUCAAUGCUGUAGCUCCUGGUAGCUCCAUAUACUCGGAAACAGCAGCUGCAAAUUAUGGAGACAAAGAUAUAUUUAACCAUGCCAUUCCACAUAUUCCAGCGAAACGUUUAGGCACCACUGCUGAGAUAUCAGCAGCUGUUUGCUUCCUUCUCUCACCGGCAGCUGCUUUUAUAUCAGGAGAAACUCUCAAAGUAGAUGGUGCUGCUAGUUUGUAUGGAACUACAUGGCAGAUACCAGAUCAUAAAAAUUUACCGGCCUAUGAUUGGGAAACAGAUGAUCCAGAGAAUCCCAAAACCAAGGCAAAGUUAUAGUCAAAGUUAGAAGAGUUAGUAAACAGAUCGAUUUUAUGUUAAUAUGUGAAAAAAUUAGUUCAGAACUGUGAUUUAUCUGUGAUAUAACUCUUUAGUGUACAUGUACCUAUUAACAAGGAGUAAUUUGAAUAUGCUGUAUAUAUUACAUGUACUCUUUAUAGUAUUCUUUUGAUCAUUAUUGGGAUUGCAAUAGUACUCCAGAAUCAAAGAUGCAAUAUUAAUUAGAAGUGAGUUUAGAUUUAAUCAAUUGUCUUUUUAAGUUUAAAAAAUUCAUUAUUUAGGCCUAAUUAACCAUCUCCCUUUCCUAAAAUCUGCAUCUAAUUGUCAAAACUGCAGAUUUAAGGAUAAUCAUGAUACAUUAUUAUCAUAACCAGAAUAUAGUGUCUUUACUUUAUCAAGAUAUAUUAUUAUAUAUCAUAUAACCUUACUGUAUACCAUCCAGGAUAAAAGGUUAUCUGUUUGUUUUAUUGGAAUUAAAUAUUUUCCAAUAAACAAUGUGACAAUGUGACAAACACUCUUUUUCAUCA